AAGGAGCGACUCUAGUUUAUUGCGUAUAGAGUUUUAUAUGGUUUUGGUCGUAGAAAAUUGCAACUAUAUAUAAAUUUAGUGUGAGCGCUGUAGUGUGCUUGAUGAUGGAUUGGGGGACAGCGUGUGGUAGCUUUUGGGGCGUUGAGCUUCUUCGCCGCAACCGUCUUCUUCCAUUUGAUUCGCUCCUCGCAUCGUCUCGCUAGUUUUUAGCAGCGUUUUCUCCCACUUUUUUUUUCACGUCCUUGUUCUUCUUUUUCUACUUGGAUGGAAUCCAAUUGCGCUGCUAACGAGCUGCUCGUUGGAGGAAGCGACGCGAGCUCCUGGGAGGGAGCAAGCAAGCGCAAGCACGAGAGCGAGGCAGUCAGGAGUGGUAGUCAGUCGUUUUGCUCUUCUCGAGUUCCUUCUUCCCGAGAAAUCUAAGGAAUGAUUCGAAAGCUUACUUGGAGUGGAGAGAAGUCGCCGGAUUGGACGAGAGUUCCUUUUCUUUCCUCUUCUCAGCUUCUGUAGAAGAUCGAGCGACCGAGUCGUAGAGCGAGCGAGUGUCAAGAAAUUUCCUGCUCAAAGAGCACUGGUAAGUAAGCGCAAAGAAGAAGAAGAUCCGAAGGAAGAAAAGAGAAGAACCUUUCACGAUGAUCAGCGCGCACGACUUCUAUGUGGUGAUGAGCGCCGUGGUGCCGCUCUACGUCGCAAUGAUCCUGGCCUACGGCUCAGUCCGGUGGUGGAAGAUCCUCACUCCGGAUCAAUGCGGCGGCAUCAAUCGCUUCGUGGCGAUCUUCGCGGUCCCACUCCUCUCCUUCCAGAUUCUCGCCACCAACAAUCCUUACAAGAUGAACGCGCAGUUCAUCGCCGCCGACGUCCUCCAGAAGCUGGCCAUUCUCGCGGUUCUUCUCGUCUGGUGCCGCUACUCCAGCAAUGGAAGCAUGGAGUGGACUAUCACUCUCUUCAUGCUGGCCACGCUUCCCAACACUCUGGUCAUGGGGAUCCCUUUGCUCGCAGCGAUGUAUGGGACCGAGUCUGGAAGUCUCGUCGUCCAGGCAGUGGUCCUCCAAUGCAUCAUCUGGUACACGCUGCUGCUCGUCUUCUACGAGUACCGCAGUGCCAGGAACCUCAUCCGGGACCAGUUCCCCAAGACCGCUGCGUCCAUCGUUUCCUUCAAAGUCGACUCGGACGUAGUCUCUCUGGAUGGAAACCGAGAGCCCAUCCAGGCCGACGCGGAGAUUGGUGACGACGGUAAGAUUCACGUCACUGUGCGGCGCUCCACUGCUUCCAGGCACGACCUCUAUCCUCCUUCUCCCAUCGCGUCCUCGAAAGCUCUCACGCCGCGGCCUUCCAAUCUCACCGGAGCUGACAUCUACUCUAUCCACUCCUCGAGGAACAUGACCCCGCGGGAGUCCAGCUUCAACCACGCCGAGUACUACUCCAUGAUGAUGAUGAUGCCGGCUUUCAACAAUCCACCACCACCGCCACCGCCGCCGCCACCUCGCCACUCGAGCUUCACUGCCUCGGAUAUCUACUCGCUCCAUUCUUCCAGGGGGCCGACGCCGAGAACUUCCAACUUUAACAUCGAAGAGCAGCACCGACCGUCGACAAAGUCUGCUCCUCCACCGUCUCGGAUGAUUCCUCCUCCUGUUCCUGCUCCACCCCCUGCCCCUGCUCCUCUAGCUCCAGCUCCAGUUCUCAAUGCUGCUGCCAGCAAGAACGACCUCGUCCAUAUGUUCGUGUGGAGUUCCAGCGGCUCUCCAAUUUCCGAAGGCAAUGUCCGAAUGCUCAACGAUGACUUCCGCUCCAACAAUAACAAGGACGUCCGGCUUCUCGUAGGUGACGAUGACGAUUCAACAGCAACAGCAGCGUCCGGAGCUCCUCAUGACUUUAGCUUCGGUCACGCUGGAGGAGUGGACGAGGGCAACAGCAGCACCAACAUUCCUGCUCGAAAUUCCAGCUCCGGCUUGGAAAUGCCUCCGAAGAACAGCAGCAACCUCGCGGACGAUCAGCCGACCGAGAUGCCCUCUGUUGGUGUCAUGACCCGGCUCAUCGUGGACAUGGUGUGGAGAAAGCUGAUCCGCAAUCCCAACACGUACUCCAGCUUGCUCGGCCUCGGCUGGGCUCUCGUCGCCUACAAGUGGCACGUCAGGAUGCCGGCUAUCAUCGACAACUCCAUCCAAAUCUUAUCCAAGGCCGGACUCGGAAUGGCCAUGUUCAGCUUAGGCCUGUUCAUGGCAUUGCAGAAGCGCAUUCUGGUGUGUGGCACAUCAAUGGCGUUGUUCGGGAUGGUGGUACGCUUUGUAACAGGCCCUGCGGUAAUGGCAGCAACUUCCAUAGCUGUCGGCCUCAAAGGUGUCAAUCUCCACGUCUCUAUAGUACAGGCCUCGCUUCCCCAAGGCAUUGUCCCAUUCGUCUUCGCGAAGGAGUACAACGUGCAUCCAGACGUCCUCAGCACAGCGUACGUACUUUCUCUUUUCCUCCUCCCUCCCUUCUCUGUGCCCCCCCGCACCACACACACUGUGUGUGCAUUCAAUUCUCUCUCAACUCACACUGCCCGCCUGUUGCAUCCGUGUGUACCUCUCUGCCAGGGUGAUAUUCGGCAUGCUGGUGGCCUUUCCCAUCACAAUGCUCUACUACGUGCUCCUGGGCCUGUGAGGGAGAGUGGCGUGAAUUCAUCACCUCCAAACAUUUCUCUCAACUUCUCAACCGAUCGCUGCUUUACUGCCGCUGCUGCUGUUGUAAGUGUCUGCCGACUAUAACUUACGGACGAUCGAUGGAGCUGGCUGGCUGGUUGGCCGCUUUGGCUGGCUCCAGCUCGAUUCAACUUGUUUUCAGCCCAAGAGUUGAAGGA